UCGCAGCACAUAGGAACGAUGCGAAGGGAGGGUUGGUAGACUAUUAGAGUAGGCUACAGGCUACGCAAGAUCGAAUCAUUAUGGAUUUUGAUGAGCGGGUCCCAGUUGGGUCUAAUAUGUAUUUGCCCGGCAGCUGCACCUAUUACGUCUCGGGGACAGACUUCUCAAGCCUCCCUCCUUUUUUGUCCCACCAGAGUCAGUCUUCUUGUCCCAUGACAUAUUCCUACCCAUCCUCAACUCUGCCACAGCUUCCGUCUGUCAGAGAGGUAGCUUUCAGGGACUAUCAUGGCAUUGGUAGCUCCAGUAAAUGGCACCACCAUAGGGGCGGUAUGUCACACUGCUACCCCACUGAGGACACGGUGCAUAGGGACUGUCUAUCAAGCUCGACCUCCUUGGGGGAAAUAUUCACGAGAAAUAACUCCAGUGAUGUCUAUCACACCAGCAGCUCCAAUCCUACAUCAAGUCUCCAGGGCAGUGUGAGUAGGAAUGGAGUGUUACCGCAAGUCUUUGAUCAGUUUUUCGAUACUGCUCAAGGGAGCGCAGACAACACACCAACAAGCGAACACUCCGUGGACAGAACUGCCGCCAAACAACCUAUAGUUCCGGUGACCGGUACCGACAAGUGCCGGGAUACAGAGGAGGGAACGCCGGGCGAGGUGAGCUGCAGCCCGGUGUCUUCUUCCGGCAACAAUGAAGAGAAAUAUAGCGCCAGCGGUGGACAGAGAACCCGUAAGAAGAGAUGUCCCUACACCAAAUACCAAAUCAGAGAAUUGGAGAGGGAGUUCUUUUUCAGUGUUUACAUCAACAAGGAGAAACGUCUUCAACUUUCGAGGAUGCUCAAUCUCACCGACCGCCAAGUUAAAAUCUGGUUUCAAAACAGGAGGAUGAAAGAGAAGAAAUUGAACAGAGACCGUUUGCAGUAUUAUACCACGAACCCUAUGCUGUAACACUGGCUGAUGGAUGUCGC